CCAAAACCCACCCCCAGCCCCUGGUGCUGCCAUUGGCUGUGGUGCCUGGCCAAUGGGAGCUGCAGGAGUGGUGCUUGGGGUGGGGGCAGCGUUCGGAGCCCCCUGGCUACCCCUCUGUGUAGGAGCCGGAGGAGGAACAUGCCGGCUGCUGCCUGGAUCCCCGUUGCCCGGUCAGCUGUGCCGGGGGUUCCGGUUAAAAACCGGACAUCUGGUCCCCCUGCGGUCAAUGCACAGCCCAGCCUGGUCAGCCAGAGCCAGGACCCCACGCUCAGGCUCCGUCUGUCUGAUCUCCACAGUCAGAGCCCAGGACCCCCCACCUCUCUCAGGCCUCGGGCUCAGCUUCCCUGCCGAGGAGGGGGGGGGGGAUCCAGGGGCUGGCAUCGUCCCUUGAGCUGGGUUGGGUCCAGCCAAUUCCUUAAGGUCCCUUCCCUCCCCUCCCUUCCCCCAUGUCUGUGAGUCUGGCCGGAGCGCAGAGGAACCCCUCUCCCCCGCUGGGCAGGGGAAACUGAGGCACACCCAGGACUAAAAAAUAUGACAGAAAAUUCCCACUUUGUUCCUCCCGCCCCCGCAUCUGCCGCUGCGGGAGCAGGUGGCCCCUGCACGCGGCUGCGGUUUUCCUGCCUGCAGCAUGCUGGGUCCUGUCAGCGGAAUCGCAAGCUGCAGCGGGAAGACAGGGCCCUGCAAAGGAGAAGUGAAAGGGGCUGCAGCUGGGGACUAUGCAGGAUUCCCUUGGCCUCUUCCCGGGAUGCAUCACCCUUCCCCACAGGUGCUACCCGGCCCCCUCAGAGAUGGCAAGGGAGGGGUGGGCUUUGGCUCCAGAGCAGUGGGGCCCACAGCAGCGGGGAGCGGCGUGUGGGGGAGGAAGCUCUCCCAGGGGCAAACCCAUAUGUCAAAUCCCCUCUUCUGUCUGUCCCCCAGCCACUGCUCUGUCGAGUGCUUCCUCCCUCCCUCGGUCAUGGCAACACAGAGCACUGCACAACCGUCCCCUCCCAGAGCCAGGGAGAGAACCCAGGAGUCCUGGCCCCCAUCCCCACCUCCGGCUCUAACCCACCAGACCCCACUCCCCUCGCAGAGCCGGGGAGAGAACCCAGGAGUCCUGGCCCCCAUCCCCACCUCCGGCUCUAACCCACCAGCCCCCACUCCCCUCGCAGAGCCGGGGAGAGAACCCAGGAGUCCUGCCCCCUUGCUGUGGGCCUUUCUGCAGCAGUUGUCCCUAGCUCCGUGCAGCUGUAACCCCACUGAGCGUCGGCCCAAAAUGUGCUUGGGAGUAUCAUUUUCAGUCACUUCCUCAUUCAAAGUCUCAGACGCCUCCUUGGCAAAACUCCCAGCACCCCUCACUGCCUCCUCCGGCAAGGAAGAGAGACGGACAGUGCCGUGGGGCUCAGCUCAGAGCCGGCCGGGAUCCUGAGCCAUUCCCCAGCCCUGCGCCGGGGAGGGAGGGAGCCGAAGGCCUGGGACACAGCAGUUCAGAGCAGAGGCUCACGCUGACCGUCUGGUUCUAGGUCUCUGUGCCAGUGUGGAGAGUCCCCAGUCCCCAGGGAGGCAGGAUGAGCCCCGAAUUUCCCCUGCUGGCCUCACUGCUGCUCCUCAUGCCCGGGGCGGUUGCCUAUGGCUUCAGGAACUGUAUCCAGUCCAUGGAGAACCCGUGCAGCUUCCGGUGCAUCCAGCGCUUCCUGAAGGACAUAAUCAGCGCGGUGGGCGACCUGCCGCCCAAUGCCACGUUCAUCAACAUCUCCCACAACUUCAUCAGCCGCCUGCCCGUGGCCAGUUUCCGCCACCUGCCACACCUGCAGCAGCUGCAGCUGGUCUGUAACCGCCUGGAGACGAUCGAGGACUGGGCCUUCGAGAACCUUGGGGCCUUGCACACGCUCAACCUGUCCAACAAUCACCUGGCCAACCUGUCGGAAGGGGCCUUCCGCGGCCUGGGGAACCUCACCACCCUCUCCCUGAGCAAUAACCCCCUGCGCACGAUUCACCCCCGUGCCUUGCAGCCCCUGGGCAGCCUCCGCACCUUGGACCUGUACUCCUGCCACCUGGGGAGCUUCGCCGACGUGGCCUGCAGCCUGCAGGGGCUGAGGGGACUGCGGGUGCUGAACCUGUCCCGCAAUAGCCUGCGUUCUCUCAAUUCCAGCUGUCCACUCCCCCGAUCCCUCUCCAUCCUGCAUCUGUGCAACAACUCACUGCGGGCCGUGGCCGGCGGUGGCCCGCGGCUCCUGCGCCACAUCAGGAGCCUGGACCUGUCCUAUAACAACAUCUCCGACGUCACGUCCUUUGCUGGCGCCGAGCUCCAGAACCUCAGCUACCUGCUGCUGAAGGGGAACCCCUUGGAUGUCUUCCACCUUCUAAACGUGUCCAGCCUGCGGCCUCGCAGCCUGGACUACUCCGGCCUGCACUUAGGCAAUGACGGCGUGAGCAAGGUCUGCCAACGCUUGGACAAGCACCAGCUCAGGCACCUCCGGCUGCAGAGCAACAACAUCCAGGAGCUGAGGAACGCGGCCUUCUCCCUGUGCCCGCCGAUCCGGACUCUGGACCUCUCGUGGAACAAGCUCAGGUGGCUGGACUGCGUGGACAGGUGGCAGCACAAGCCUCUGGAGAGCCUGGUGGUGGAACACAACCUGCUGAACCGACUGGGCAGCUGCCAAGACUCCUCCUCUUUGGAGACGCUGCAGAAUAUCAGCUUCCGCUACAAUCGCAUCCUCUCGGUCAAACCCUGGGCAUUCAGAUACGCCCCCAACCUGCGCGUCCUGCGCCUCAACAUCAACACCAUCGCCUACCUGGACAAACACGCCCUGAGGGGGCUGCACCACCUCACCGAGCUGCGGCUGGACAACAACCUGCUGACCGACCUCUACAGGCCCAGCUUCGCCGACCUGCUCCGGCUCCAGACCCUCAACCUGCGCAAUAACCGCGUCUCCAUCCUCUUCCCCAUGGUCUUCGGGAACCUCCGCCAGCUCCAGAUCCUGGACCUGGGCGGCAACAACAUCCGCAACCUGACCAACAAGUCGUUCAGCGGGCUCAGCCGCCUCUCCAAACUCUACCUGGAUGGCAACUGCAUCAAGAGGAUCAGCAGCGACAUUUUCUGCCCGGUGCAGGCCACGCUGGAGGUGCUGGAUCUGACAGGCAACAGGCUGCAGUACAUCACCAAGACACAGCACCGGAGCCCGCCCUUCAGGCAUCUGCACAGACUCUAUGACCUCAAGCUCCAAGCUCAGCAGCCGUACGGCAUGAAAAUCAUCCCCCCCAAGUUCUUCCAAGGCCUGGCCGCCCUGCGCUCCCUCUACCUGUCAGAGAACAAGCUGCUCUCCAUCUCCCCGGACGCCUUUGACGACCUGGCCCAGCUGCAGUACCUGAGCCUGGCUGACAGCUGCAAUGGCAUGCAAGAUCUGCCGCCCGGGAUCUUCAAAAACCUCCGCCGCCUGCAGAAGCUGAACCUGGAGAACGUGGGGCUGCACUCGCUGACGCUGGAGGUCUUCGGGAACCUCAGCAACUUGAGCUCGCUGCUGCUGGCCAAGAACCAGCUGCAGACCGUCAACGGGAGCGUGGCCAACGCGCUGGGCCUGCUCAGGUACCUGGACCUACGGAAAUGCCCCCUGAGCUGCACCUGCGAGAACCUGUGGUUCCAGAGGUGGCUGACCAACCGGCGGGUGCAGGUGGUCUAUCUCUACAACUACUCGUGCGACUCCCGCCAGCAGCUGGGCUACGUCUACAGCUUUGACACACACGUCUGCUUCCUGGACGUGGGGCUGUACCUCUUCUCCGUCACCACCCCGGCGCUGCUGCUGCUCAUGCUGCUGCCCCUGGUGUACCACCGCGCCUACUGGCGGCUCAAGUACCAUUUCUACAUCCUGCGCUCCUGGGUGAACGACCGCUGGAGGAGGCAGGACGGGGAGCACUUCCAGUACGAUGCCUUCGUCUCCUACAACUCCGCCGACGAGGGGUGGGUGCUGGAGCAGCUGGUGCCGAGCCUGGAGAGCUGCCAGGGCUCCUUCCACCUCUGCCUGCACCACCGGGACUUCGAGCUGGGGAAGAGCAUCAUUGACAACAUCGUGGACAGCAUCUACAACAGCCGCAAGACCAUCUGCGUCAUCAGCCGCAGCUACCUGCAGAGCGAGUGGUGCUCUCUGGAGAUCCAGCUGGCCAGCUACCGGCUCUUCGAGGAGCUCAAGGACGUGCUGGUGAUGGUGCUCCUGGAGGCCAUCCCCGACCGGGAGCUGUCCGCCUACCACCGCAUGAGGAAGGUGAUGCUCAAGAAGACCUACAUCUGCUGGCCCCCGGAGCCUGCGGCCCAGAGGCUUUUCUGGACCAAGCUCCGGAAGGCUCUGAAAGGCAGCUACACGGAGGAGGAGGAGGAAGAGAAGCCGCUCCUGGAGUCCACAUCCCAGCUUGGCUAAGGAAAUGGGAGUUUCCAGUGGUUCUAUCCCACUGCCAAUCCCCAUCCCCUACAGCCCACCACUUCCCCUGUCGCCAGCAACUUCCCCACCUCACAACCUCUAGCGCCCACAGCAAGCAGCCCGCCAGGCUCUGUCUCCGGGUCCCUCCACUGGCUUCCCUGGGAGUAAGAGCCUCCAGCCCCCACCUGGCCUCGUGGGUGACAGAACUGGGCAAUGGGCCCAAGCCCAUUCAUCUCGGGGCACGCUGGAAGCAACAGCACUAGAGGGACUUGUAGCUAAAUUCUGGCCUGGGAUGCGGGACGGCCAGGACCGC